AUGACCUGGUCAAUAAUCUGCAAGAUCUACGUUACUAAAGCAGCCGGCGCUCCAAACUCUUGUAACAAUAUUGAGACGGAAGAAAGUAGCGAUGGAUACCAACUGUCACAUGGGCCCGUUCUUUCGGAAGGGCCCGAUUGUUCAUUUAUCCAACCCGGUAUGACGGCUCAAGAGUCUGCAAAUCUCAUUUUCGGCGUCGGUUCGACACAAGCAAUGUGGAGCCACACACAGGGUGGCUGCAUAGUGAUCGCUGGCGGGCUUAAGCAUCAUUUGGGAACUUCUAAACGAGUUCAACAUCACUCAAUGUUGUCAAAAUCAAACACUUCCGACCCGAAAUCAAAAUUAAUAAAAGAUACAGCUGCAGCAUAUCGCCACAACCCAACUCAUUCAUCUGAGACCCACAUUUUCCGAAACGAGGCCAAUCCAAAAUCGAACCUUUUACCCAUCCAGAUAUGGCGAUCGUACUAGGCCACCAAUCCUUCCCUCUGAAUCGAUGCACACACAUGCUAGUAGACGGGGGGCUGCUCCACAAAAAUAACAG